AUGGAACAGCCUCCCCGGGGAGCCGCCCAGAGAACCAGUUGUGAGCGACCUGUCACCCGGUGCUGGAGAACCCGUAUUUCCAGUGCUGUAGGGGGGCCAGAGGGAGCGACUUCGUCUCCUCUUUCCGAAGGGCGAAAUCCCACGCAAGCCACGAAGCGGGCGGUAGGGAGGGAAUCCGGCCUGCAGCCCUGCGGGGGCCAGGCCGGGCGAGGGGCGACUCAGGCGCCGCCGCCGCCGCUGCCCCUGCGGAGCCCACCCGGUCCCGGCCAGGUCUCAGGGCUGCUGCGGAGGCCGAGCGAGCAGCCCGUGGGACUGCCCCGCCCUGACGCAGGAGGCCACGCCCCACCUGCCGCGGCAGAGGGGAUUUCCCGGGUCGAGCGACAGGCGUCGAAGCCAACGGGGCGUCUCCCUGGGCCGCUACGCCAGUCAGGGAGCUGGAGAGGCGGGUCCACGUCGUUUCCGGGGUUCAGCUACGUCAGCUUUGCUGUGUUGGAAGUUCGGGCGGGCGGCGGCGGCACAACAGGGGGCGGCGAAGGCGGGGGCGCGGUGCAAGCAGCCGGCCUCGAUCUCCUAGGCAGGAGGACAGCCAGCCUUGUCUCUUCGCAGAGGGGUGACGCUGCUCUCCCUCCCUCUGGCCAGCAGAUGCUCUGCCCCGAGGAGAUGACCGCCCUGGCAGAAGAGGAGGACCUGCUGGACUUCCUCCUGGAUGAGACCCCAGCAGCAGGAGCAGCAGAUCAUCUCCUGGGCAAGGGGGACUCCCUGCUGGAGGACUGGGGCCUUCUGGGGCCUUCUCAGGUCUUGGGGGAGGAGGAGGUGGAGCAGUUCCUCGCCUGUCUCCUGAGCCCCUUUGUGGACGAGGCCAGUCACUGGCUGAGCCCCUCCCCGCCUCCCAGCAGCCUUUCCGAGGGGGGGCAGGGCUCCGCCUGCAGCCCCCCCAGCAGCUGGGACACAGCCUCCCCUGGCAGCCCACCCCCUGCUGGGAGCGUCCAGUCGGAUCACAACUACUCCUCCUCCUCCUUGCAUCAUCGAGAGCAGCAGCCCGAAGGCCCCCCCGUGGUGCUGGAGAGAGCACCCUCCCAGGAGAUGGGCGAGGGGGACGUGGCCAUUGACCUGGAGAUGUGGGGCGAGAUAGCAACCCCCGAGGAUUCCAGCUCCAGCCUCCCUGUCACAGUUUCCAUUGAACAGCCCUUGCCAGGAUUGGACCUGCAGUUGGAUUUCCCUCCGCUGAUCCUGACCGAGGAGGAGAAGCAGCUGUUGGAGAAAGAGGGCCUCUCCAUGCCCUCCCACCUGCCCCUCACCAAGGCGGAGGAGAGGGUCCUGAAGAGGGUCCGGCGGAAGAUCCGCAACAAGCAGUCGGCCCAGGACAGUCGCCGCCGGAAGAAGGUCUACGUGGACAGCCUGGAGAGCAGGGUGGUCGCCUGCACAGCCCAGAACCAGCAGCUCCAGAAGACGGUGCAGCUGUUGCAGACGCAGAAUCUGUCGCUGCUGGAGCAGCUGCGGAGGUUGCAGGCACGGGUCCAGCAGGCGUCCACCAAGACCACCACAGCCGGCACCUGCGCCAUGGUGCUGCUCCUGUCCUUCUGCCUGCUCCUCUCGCCCAGCUUCUCUCCCUUUGCCAGCCAGGAGCAGCAGCGAGAGCUCCAGGGAGUCCUCUCCCGGAAGCUGCGCCAGUUCCCCAGCGACAGCGGUGGCCGGCCCGUGGCUGAAGGCUUCCGGCUUGCAGACAGGGGGCCCCUGCGGCAGCUCCUGGAGAAGGCCGUGUCCCGCGAAGGCCUGCCGCCCGCAGGGAGCCUCAACCAGUCUCUGCAGGGCCCCCAGCGCCCCCCUGAGGCCCAGCCUGCCUCUGGCCCCGCCAGGAGCAGCAACUCCUCCUCGGAUCCCUCCGCGCUGCCCACGGGGCUUCCCCCUGCAGAGCACUGGCCCCCAGCGCGGGACGUGGCUCUCCCGCCUGCCUCUCCUGUGGCCCAGCAGAAGCCGAGCUGGGGGGGCCCCACCACAAGCGUGGUCAUUCCGCCGCGCCACUCCGAUGAGAUGUGAAGCCGUUGGGCCCGGCAAGCUGCAGGGCCCCCUUCCCUCUUUCCUCCCUCCUCUUCCUCCCCCUUUCCUCCUCUUCCUCCCCCUCUUCCUCCUCUUCCUCCCCCUUUCCUCCUCCCUCCCUCCCCCUUCCCUCCUCCCUCCCUCCUCUUCCUCCCUUCCUCCCCCUUCCCUCCUCUUCCUCCCCCUUCCCUCCUCUUCCUCCCCCUUCCCUCCUCUUCCUCCCCCUUCCCUCCUCUUCCUCCCCCUUCCCUCCUCUUCCUCCCCCUUCCCUCCUCUUCCUCCCCCUUCCAGCUUCAGGCAGGGCAGCACAAGGAGGGGAACCAGCAGCUUUCCCUGGGGUGGUGGGAGCCCCGCACCUGGGCAGGCCCCCCCCCCCCAGCAUGCAGCCCAGUGAGCUGUGGCAGGGCCCGUCUCUGGCCCACUGCACGCAGGUGCCAGGGGGCAGCAGAGGGGCCUGCCAGACCCUGGAGUGUCCUUGUCCAUUGGGGCUCGUGGCCCUCUUCCUCCCCACCUCUCGGGGCCUCUUGCUGUGUGUCUCUGCCUCUGCUUGACAACUGGCAAACCACAGUUGCGGUGCCCACCAGACUAGGGCAGAAAGGAAAGGACUCCUGCUCUGCUCUGCAGAGGGUCCCUGCGCCCCAGAGCAGAUCUCCCUCCCCCUGCCACGGAGAUCCUUGGCGCAGACCCUCUGGCUCCUGCACACUCCUGAGUCCCAGCCCCAUCCGCAUGCACCCCGCGAGCGUCUUAUUUCAUUGCCUAGACCCUUCUUGUAUGUUCAGGAGCUUCGAGAUGUCCCUGAACAUCCUGAUGUUGGUGCCCAGGAGGCAGGGUCUCCUUUCUCUUCCCCUGGGAGAAGAGUUGGUGCCUCUGGCCCUGCUGGCCAGGGAACAGAGGCUGCUCUCCUAGAGAUGGGGGCAGAAAAGGAAGUGGGGGGUGGGGGUGGGUGGGGGUGCUGGUUAAGAACAUAAGGACAGCCCUGCUGGAUCAGGCCCAUCCAGCCCAGCAUCCUGUUUCCCACAGAGGCCCACCAGAUGCCUCCAAGAAGCCCACUGGCAAGAGGGGAGGGCAUGCCGUGCCUCCUGCUGCUGCUCCCCUGCAGCUGGGAUGGAGAGGCAUCUUGCUUCUGAGACUGGAGGGGGCCCACAGCCACCAGACUAGUAGCCAUUGACUUAAAAACAGUUUUAUUCAAAGCAGUAGGUUUUUGGAAAAUUUAGUACAAAGAAAAUAUCAGCCGUAUAAGUAUAAAGGAACAAAUAAAAUGGGAGUAUUUAGUCUAACCUGCACCGAAUACUGUAUCUUAACCUGGUGUCCUCCUGAGGAGUUCUCUUACAAUCAGCUUCUGCAGCGAGCCUGGCUUUCUCCCUUCCUCAACCCCAGGCCUUGCUUUUUCUCUCCCCUACUGGUGGAGUCAAUUCCAGCCUGUUCCUUCAACUGCUUUGAGGGUGAUUCAGGUCUCAAGAGUUCUCAGCUCUGUUUUCAGCAGCUCUUCUCAACUCACCUGGCUCUCCAAGACUACCUCAACUGCCCAAAUCCAUCCCUUUUUUGUACAUGUGACUCCACCCACUUUUUUUGGAGGGGGGCGGAUUCUCAAAUCUGAACUAACAAAAACCAAACUAGUUUAACAAAAACUUUGAACUGUUGACCUUAGAACACGAGCUGUUAGAACACACAGUGGGGUUUUAGAACAUAAGCAACAAUUCAUAAUGUUAAAAAUCCACAAAAUGGAAUAUUAACCUUAAUCCUUCACACGGGGAAAGGGUCCCCGAGGAAUUCCAGACAAAGCAAUAGUUACAGGAUCUGGCUGCUGUGGCUCAUGGCUUGGUGGCCUCUCUGCUGGGCUCCUGCUGCAAAGAGCUUUCUUGCCACAGGGCUGCCUCUGAAGAGUAUGCAGAACUCUGAAGAUCUGGUGGGGCGCGGCACCCCCUCUCCGAGCAUCUCCCUGCUUGCUGGGAUGUGCCUGGGCACCCCCACUUGGCACCCCAGUCUUGCCUUUGAGGGUGCAACAGGGAGUUGAGCCUGGUCUCCAAAGCAGCAUCUCCCGAUCCCCUGGAGAAGCCCUAUGACUUCCACCGUCUAAGGCGGGGCCCUUGGAAGGAGGGCCUUUCCCCUGGAACUCCUUCCUGAAGAAGUCUGGGCUGGCCAGUUCCCUGCCCUGGUUGGAACCUUCCCUCGGAGUCUGGCCCUGAAAUAGAGGACUGCCUGCUGCUUGGCGUUGAUUCGGUGUCUGUUGGCUGUAUUGCACUUGCUUGCGUCUGUUUUGUGCUUGUAAACUGCUUUGGGGGGCCAUAAUUUUUGGCUCAGAAGUGGAAUGUGAAUGUCGAUAAUAAAGAGCUAGCAUGAAUUGUG